CAAAAUUCUAAAAACUCGAUCUAACGAACUUUCUACGGGAGAAUUUGAUCGCUUCCAGUCCUCCGCCUUCGCUAGCGAGGCCGCCGGGACGAAAUCAUGGCAGCGAUGCUCCUCGCGAAGCCAGCAUUGUGUGGAUUCUGGCGCUGCCUGCUGCUGCUCUUCCUUGUGGUGGCGGCUCCGACGAGGAUUUGCGAGUCCGCUAGAUCUGACAAGGAAAUGAGGGAGAGGUUCUACGGCAAUUUGAUCAAUAACACCACUCCCGACAAUGGAGAAGGGAGUAUCGCCCAAAUGUUCGAUCGCGUUCUCGAGAAAGAGUUCUCCGAGAAUGAUAAGCCGGAAGGUUCUGAUGGAAGCAACUUCAACAACAGUGUAAAUGACCAACAGGCUGUGUUGGAAACGGUCGCCAAAGUUACUCAUGAGAAGGGAAAGAAAAAUGACUCACAGCCAGGAAGCGAGACACUGUUUCUGGGAAAACUAAUUUCAGGUGCAUUUUUGUCCCUCAUUCCAACUGUUAUCAGCGGACCAAGAUCGUUUCAGUUACAAGAUGUAUUUUCACUAGAGAAUGAGGAUUCAGAGGAUACUACCCUAAUUGACAAAAAGGACAAUGUCUUUGUCAUGUCAAAUAAGAAAUCCAAAUACCCAGUGCUUCAAGUCGAUUUGAGAUUAAUUUCAGAUCUGGUGGUUGUCAUAGUUUCUGCUGCUAUUGGUGGAAUUAUCUUUUCGUGUUUGGGACAGCCGAUUAUUGUGGGUUAUCUUCUUGCUGGGUCAAUCAUUGGACCUGGAGGUCUUAAGUUCAUCAGUGAGAUGGUGCAGGUCGAAACGUUUGCCCAGUUUGGUGUUAUCUUUCUACUUUUUGCUUUAGGCCUCGAGUUUUCUAUAACAAAGUUAAGGGUGGUGGGUGCUGUUGCCGUGUUUGGAGGUUUUCUUCAAAUUGUGAUAUUUAUGUUCUUGUCUGGCGUAACUGCCAUGCUGUGCGGAGCACAGUUGUCUGUGGGUGUUUUUGUUGGAUCCUUCUUGUCAAUGUCAUCAACAGCAGUGGUGGUGAAAUUCUUAGCUGAGCGUAACGGCACUAAUUCACUUCAUGGUCAAAUUACAGUGGGGACCCUGAUUCUUCAGGAUUGUGCUAUUGGAUUGUUGUUUGCUUUACUCCCAGUGUUGGGUGGCAGCAGUGGGUUACUACAUGGAAUGAUUUCAAUGGGAAAAUUGUUGUUGGUAUUGUCCAUGUUCCUCACUGCUGCAUCGUUUUUGUCUUGGUCUUUUGUUCCUCGCUUUCUGAAGCUAAUGAUCCAGAUAUCAUCUCAAACAAAUGAACUUUAUCAGCUUGCUGCUGUAGCCUUCUGCUUGCUAUCUGCUUGGUGCAGUGACAAAUUAGGCCUCAGUCUCGAGUUGGGUUCAUUUGUAGCUGGAGUCAUGAUAUCCACAACUGACCUUGCGCAGCAUACUUUAGACCAGGUGGAGCCCAUUCGUAAUCUGUUUGCCGCACUGUUUUUAGCAAGUAUUGGAAUGCUUAUACACGUGCAUUUUCUGUGGAAUCACGUUGAUAUACUGCUAGCAUCAGUGAUUAUGGUUGUAGUUGUGAAGACAGCCGUUACUGCUGUGGUGAUUAAAACCUUUGGAUAUAGCAUCAGGACAUCGUUUCAUGUUGGCGUGUUGCUUGCUCAAAUUGGGGAGUUUGCUUUUGUUCUGCUUAGUCGUGCCUCAACUCUUAACCUUGUUGAGGUUGAGUCUCGCUCUCCCUAUCGCUUUGUCUCUCUCAUGUCCCGUGAACUUGCUAUUCCUGAUUGUGACCUGUUUACGGUGAUGCAGGGAAAGAUGUACCUUCUCCUUCUUGGAACAACCGCUUUAAGUCUGGUUACAACACCUCUCCUGUUCAAAUUGAUACCUAAUGUCAUGAAUCUCGGAGUCCUUUUGCAAUGGUUUCCAUCAGAAAGCGCGCCAAAUGAGGAGAAGGUUUCGAUGAUCGAAGCACAUAACAGACUGUUGUGACCUUCCCGUAUCAAAAUACCACAGGAAUGGCAUCCCAUUUCUCUACAUGAUUGACGAAUCGUUCUGCCUCGGCGUGAGUUUUUCAGAUGACAUAGUACAAAUCAAAAUUGCAUACAGUCCAGCUUGAUGAUACAGAUAUGUCGAACGUAAAUACGCGUAACGCAACGAGCUGCUCGCAUUCUUUGAAUGGGUUUGUAUAUAUAAUUUUGCCGUCGUAGCAUAUGCUGUAACUUAGACCAUAACUAACUACUAGCUCUAGGAAAACUACUUCACUUAUUGGCAUGUAAUCGGUUCCUGAGAGCAUGCUGCUCCAGUACCAAAAGAGAGAAAAGCUCUCAGAUUCUUUUCUUAACCGCAAAAGUUUAUGCACUACAUUAAUUCGCAUUCUUUGAUUA